UACGUCGCGCUCCUGCCGUUCCGUAUCUAUUUGUAUCGACAUAGGGUUCAGCGUUUAUUUAGACGCCGCACAACAAUUACACUCGGCAUGGCAGGAGGGCGACGAAUGGAUCUUGCUUAACUGAGUACAGGCCUUCUUAGUGUUGACUGAACCAAACUUCGAAACAUCAAUCGCCGUUUAAGUGGUGAAGGUUCUUGUCAAUCAUGCCGAAUGACAUCUUUGUAUGCUUCUUGCUUAUCAUCGCGGUAUCAUCAGUAUUCAAUUCAGAGGAUUGCCGCAUAGUGAACUGGCGAUUUCCCGCUGAGCACAAAGCACUGCAGGGUCACGUGAUCGCUACAGUCUCCGUACAGACUGGCAGUGCGUGCGAGACGGCGUGUCACCAAGAGCCGAAUUGCGUGUCGUGUAACUUUAACCGUGAGAACCUCACAUGUGAGCUUAGUAACAGCAGCGACCAGACACACCCCGAUAGCGUGGUAGACGCCCCAGGAUGGACGUAUAAUGCAUUUGAGAAUGACUGCAUUGGGCGUAGCUGUCCACCGGGGACCGUUUGCCAGGUUGGUUACGGAGGACUUGGUGAAUAUCGCUGCAAAGGACAAUUUAUUGCCCAUUUUCCCGCCACUCUUCAUGUAUACGCGUUGAAGUUCCAUCCUCUGCCUCUCAUUAAUGUCUUCUCGGUGUCCGUGUGGUUCAAGACCAAUCUCGUAUCAGGAUCCAACCAUCAAACCAUUGUCUCUAUUGUCGCCAAAGACUACCCCAAGAUAGACGCUUUUAAUAUAGAUCUGCGCGGAAACGGAAUAAGAAUUGAAUCUAACGGGAAAAACCGAUUGAUCUCAUCCGGGGAACUCCGCGAUGGAAACUGGCACCAUAUGGUGUUCACAUGGAGCGCUGCGAAUGGUGACUGGGAGCUUUACCUCAACGGAACCCUAUCGGAUAGCGAAAGUGGUUUUUCAACCGGUUUCUCGAUGGCUAGCGGGUAUUUGGUGGCAGGACACGAGCAGGAUUCAUACGGUGGGGGUUUUGAAAAAAAUCAGGGAUUCUACGGCAGCAUGGUGGGUUUAAACCUAUGGUCACGUGUGCUGAGCAAGAGCGAGAUAACCCAUCUAGCCAAGUCCUGGUGCGCUCCACUAGAGGGGGAUCUGGUGAAAUGGCGGCAGUUCUAUCCAAGUGACGUCAGUAGCCUGGGAGGUAUCCAGAUCAAGGCGCAGAGAUGCGAAUGAAAUCGGUUACGACUGUAGCAAGCAGGCAGUGAAGAAACAUUUGUUCUUAUUUUAUUAUUAUUUUUUACCUGUUUUUACCUCUAUGAGCGUAACAUCGAAGUGAGAAUUGCUACAACAAAACAUGGUUUAAAUUAGGUACUUCUAUUAUGACUAUUAUGUAUAAUGGUAUUUAUAAGUUUAUACAAAGAAGGUAAAAUGUUUUUAGUGGUCAUUUUCAAUCAUUUUGAGGUCUUUCUAUUUGCAAUUUUAAGCUGAGCUGUACAAGUACAUGAAAUCGUAAAGAAAACUUUUUAUUGCAUAUUUUGUAUUCUAAAUCCUUUAUCUAUGGCUAAAUUUCAAUGUGAAUUUUAAAGCAUUUUUAUUGGAAACACCAUUUAUAACUUAAUAAAAAAAAGUACGCAUGCAGUUCAAAAGUAAUUAAAAGACUUUCCAGUG